CAUUCAGGUGGACUUUUGAUCAUUUCUCCUCGGUAGUCACGACCGAGUAGAAUGCGUAACGAAUUCUGGCUCGCCCUGUGGCUGGCACUGCUAAUAGGACAGGCAUCUACUUCAACAGCGAAAACUUAUUCUCCCAGUCGUUCCAGUGAAACAGGAGGACAUGAGCGGCUAGCCAAGAGAAAGUUGUCCACCCAACAACACCACCACCAACCGACAUCAGUCGAUUACGAUCCUAAGAGACGGACUGCGCUCCUGGACAUCAAUCUCGAGCGGACUGUUUUAGGCUCCAACUUCACCAGGGCUGGCUGGCGCCGUCGAUCUGUCAACAAUUUCAAAGUUGAAGUCUUGAGAUGGCCGGGCGAUGGUAGCGACUGCCCGGCUGCACGAGUCACUUGCUACAGUCAUCCGCUGACGGUAGAAGCCGCCACUGUCGUCCAGUCACGCCGAAUUUGCUGGACACGGUUUCUCGACUCGACUACUGGAAACGUCAAAUGCGACCAAGACGUUCCAGUUGACUGGAAGCGGGCGUCAGUGUUGCUGGAACAUAUCUAUACCGGAUGUUACUGCUUUCGUUUGGCGUUUUACCACGACGACUCGAUUCGCAUCGCCCAUCAACUGCUGGAGCGGCCGAUUUAUUUGCGGACCGACGUCACGGAAUACGACGUCUUCAAGUGGAACUUGAGCCUGGAUUUAUCGGCCAGCGGCCAGCCGGGUGACCUGAGUCUGUUUAUCAAACUGGACGCCGAUGCGGACGCCGCUGGAUUUCUCUCCUAUCACGUCGAACUCUUUCGACACGACGACAUUGACGCUGACUUGAUGGUCUGUCACGAAACGGACGACCCCAUCAAUAACCGACACUUGACCGUCACGUUCGAGGAUGAAGAAGAAGAAGAUGACGACGAUGAGCCCUCGUCCAUCAUCGAUUAUCUCUGGCAGGAGGAAUGGAGCGUGAUUACGUUCGCCAACUUAUCCGCCGGCUAUUAUUGCGUCGUGGUGGUCCCCGACGACGAUCGAUGUCAUCCGCCGUUGAUUGACCCGGAAAAGACGUGCACUCGUUACAGCAACAUAGUCCAACUCUCCCGAAAUCCCGGCAUGGUGCUGACGUAUCGCUCCAACUUUUCCACAACGUUGGCCUACUGGGUGACGGGCUCUGUCGUUAUUCUGCUGGCCUUAUCCGUCGUUAUUUAUUUGCUGUUAAGACGGAAAAUGUUUCCGAGACUAUCGCUCGACGAUUUCAACAGCACUGCAGAAUCCGGUCUCUUGAGAGAGAAUCCAUCGUCGUCAACAGGAGUGAUUCCCAUUCUAUUCCUGUACAGCAGCCGAUCGAUGAGCCGAUUAGCUCGUCACGUUUCUCAUUUGAAAGAAGCCAUCCGGAAUUACGUGCCCAACAGUCUGAUUCUAGAUGAUGCAGACGAUGAAGAUUUGGCAAUCGUCGAGGGAGUUGAGUGGUUCUCUAAUCACCUCCAAGUGGCUGCUGGUCUAUCCAGCAGUAGCAGCAACAAUAUCCGAGUCGUGAUCAUCUUGUGUCCGGAGAUGUUGCGUUGUCAGGAAAGGUUUCUCAGAAGUAGAAGAAUAACGACUACUACUACUACUACAAACAGGCUACUAGGAGAUAAUUGCCAUCGAGACGGCCAAAUGGAUCAGGACGAUGAUUUGGAUCCUGUUUGCUGUUACCGGCUCAAUCAGCUCCUCCAUCACAUUGAUGGCAGCAACGUCUAUCGGCAAGUUUUUGCCGUUCGAUUUGACGACGACGUCGACCUCGAUAUUCCAGGAGCAGGAAACCAGAGCGGUUCUUUUUGUUUGCUGACGCCCUAUCGAUCGUAUCAUUGGCCUGGCGACCAGACUGCGUUACUGGCGGAACUCGGACGACAAGGAUAUUCAAAUGGCCAUCGUCAAGAUGAUGACGUUUGUCAAUCUCCCUCGACAAAAUGAUCUCUCUCUCUCCUCUUCCCUUUUAAAUCCCCUCCUCCUCGUCAUGCAAUUUUAUUAUAGAAAAUCAAAUUGAUGAUUAUUCCCACCUCCCCUGAAACCCGAGUGGCAACGUCACCCGAUCUCGUCAAAAAGAAAAUUCAUUCGCCAAUUUCAGACUCACAUUUUUAUUUCCCUAGUCAUAAUAUCUCAGCUAGACAGUCAAAUAGGUCACGUUGCUGAUACCCAACCAACACCCGAGUCGUUUUUAUUUUUGCACAACAAGAAUUGUUUGGCAAACGUUAACACUUUUCUUUCAAAUCCGCAAAGUGUGUCGAGAUUAUAAUAGCAGGGGAAAAAAGG